AUGGCUUGCAGAAAUGUUGUGUCUAUUGUUUCAAGCAUGCAGACACAGAAACAUCAUGCUAUACAAAAACAAAGUCAUACUGAAAGGAUUAAUUUUACUUAUAAACCAAAUAUUUGGAAAUAUGAUCAUCUACUUUCUCUUACAAGUCAAUAUUCAGAAGAGAAGUACAAAGUUGAAGUAGAGAAGCUAAAAGAGGAAGUUGGUUGCACGUUUACAGUCACUGCGAGUCCAGUGGCUCAGCUUGUGCUUAUAGACAGGAUCGACAAACUUGGCUUAAGUGAUUACUACGAGGUUGAAACAAAGGAAGCUUUGGAAAAUACAAUUAUGUACUUGAAAAGUACUAAUUCCAGCUCAAAGGAUCUCUAUGCUACUGCAUUGUUCUUUAGGCUUCUUAGGGAACAUGGCUAUCAUGCUUCACAAGAUAUGUUAAAGGACUUUUUCGAUGGGGAAGGAAAACUACCUUCAGAUAAAAAAACAUUAUUGGAGCUUGUGGAAGGGUCACAUCUUAGCAUGGAUGGUGAAAACUUACUAAAUGACAUAAGAUUGUUGUCUACCAAAAACCUCAAGAACUUAUUAUCAGAUGUUGACAAAUUUACUACUAUUCCCCUGGCAUGGAGAGUGAGAUGGUACGAUGUUAGAAGACACAUUACUGCUCAAAAUUGCAACAACACAAAUCCAAUGUUGCUCAAAUUAGCAAAACUUAACUUCAAUAUAAUUCAAGCCACACACCAAAAAGAUCUCAAAGAUGUAAUAAGAUGGUGGAGGAAUCUUUACAUAGCUGAAAGUUUGGACUUUACAAGGGACCGAAUAGUAGAAAGCUUUUUUUUCGCUGUAGGAAUUGCGUCAGAACCUCAACAUGGAAGCAUGAGAAAAUGGCUAACCAAAGUGAUUCAAUUGAUACUAAUAAUAGAUGAUGUUUAUGAUAUUUAUGGUUCUUUAGACGACGUGCAACAAUUCACCCUAUGGGACCCAAAUGAAGUAGAGUGGCUACCAGAGUGCAUGCAGAUCUGUUUCAGGGCGUUGGAUGCUACCAUGGAAGAGAUAUGUGUUGAAAUUCAAGAACAAAAGGGUGACCUUUCAACAUUACCUUAUCUGAAACAAGGGUGGGUCAACUUUUGUAAAGCCUUGCUGGUGGAAUCAACGUGGCAUUACGAAGGUCAUAUACCAACACUUGAAGAUUAUCUUGAUAAUGGGUGGAUCUCAUCAUCCGGUUCAUUAUUUUCGUUUCAUGUGAUUCAUGGGAUGACAAAUAAUAUAACAAUUGAAAAUCUUGAUUUAUGCAAAAAUUGCCAUGAAAUUAUUUACCACACUUCGAUCAUAAUUCGACUUUGCAAUGAUCAAGGUACCUCAACGGCGGAACUAGAGAGAGGUGACGUUGCUUCAUCAAUUUUAUGUUACAUGCAACAAGAAAAUAUCUCAGAAGAUGUAGCUCGUGAGUAUAUCGAAAACAUAAUUUUGGAUUCAUGGAAGAAGAUUAAUUACCAUUUUAAUAUCCUUUCUACAUCACAUCAAAAAAUUGUUAAGCAUGUAAUAAAUGGAGCACGAAUGGCGCAUGUCAUGUACCCUUCUGGAGAUGGAUUUGGGGUUCAAGAUGGCGAAACUCGAGAUCAGAUACUUCUCAACUUGGUUGAACCUAUUACAUAAUCUCCUUGUCUGGACUUCUACAAUAUGUUAUGUGUAUCAACAAGAAGAUAAAGAAGUUUCGUAUACUAAGAUCUCUCGUUAUAUGCAUCGUACGUAAUUAUAUAAAAAAAUUAUUUAUAUUAUGAAUUUAAAGAGUACACAUAUA